AUGUCUAAGAAGCAGCGUAAGGCGAUGCUCGGACAGCUUCGUCUCUGCAUCAGGGAAGCGGAAGCGCUGGUACAUAGUGGCAACUAUGGCCCUGGACCUAGUCUCUGGGAUGACAACCCGGGCGAUACUAGCUGGGGCGACAACACGAACGACAACACGGCCUCGGCCGACACUGCCACCUUCCCUACUGGAAACACUCUGUUUGGUGGAACCUUCCGUAGAAAUUGGAACCCUACUCAAGCCGCAGAGCUCGUGCAGAAGCCGAUGACUCGUCGAAAACCCCACUUUGAGCAGCUGGAGCGCUUUCAAGGAUUGUUCAUCGACCCUGACAGAAUCAGAUGCCACGCCUACAAGCCUGCAGCCAUCUUCAUGAAGGCGUGCGUGGAGAGCAACAAGCGAAGAUUAGAUGACGGACUUAAGCGCAAGUCGAAGAUUUUCCGUAAGACGGAUAAUUUGAAGCGCUUGUUGGUGGAAGUGCGGGCUCGGGAGUCGCCUCUGCGCUACUACGUCGAGACCGUCUUGGACGAAGAGGACUCGGGUUCGUCUUGA